AUGACCAAAAGUGGGUUCAGAAAGUCACGAAAUCAUGAGGUGCUGGAGGAUAAAGAAACAUCAUCAUCAUGUCAAACAAACAACAUUCUUGAGAGAGAGCAUCAUAAAACCACUACUAUCACCCGAACAUCAUGUUCACAUUCAUCAUCAUCCUCUCUCUCAUCCCGAAACAAUCAUGAAGAGAUUAACGUAAAGGCACUUUCCUCUCUUCUCCAACAAACUCCCUAUUUCAUUCAUGGCUCACAAGAUUCUCUCGAUGUAGAUUUAAUUUACAUGUUCACUGCUCAUUCAAUGCCCUCUCACCACAAGGAAUGUUGUUGGAUCUGUUUUGAUGGUUGUGGUGGUGGAAAUGUGCGGAAUGAUUCAACAAUGAAGAUCACGAUGGAAGAGGGAUCGAAUCCAGUCGCCCACCACAAUAUUGAUCGUAGUGGUGGUGAUGAUGAUGAUGAUUUGAAUGUAAUGGACAAUAGCGGUGUCAUUGGUCAUGUUGAUCGUGUUGGUGAUGUGAAUUUAUUUGAAAUUGUAGAUGAUCAAACUCCAAGUUAUGUGAGACGAGUAUUUCGAGGAUUACCUGAUGAAGUGAAUAAUGGACUUUUCAAAACUUUGAAAUUGCAUUCACAGAAAUAUGAACAUAUUCAACCAAUUAAGGGAAUGGUGAAACGAGUGGCUCCAUUGAAAUGUGUCAUGACACUUCAGAAUAUUCUUGUGAAAAUUCGAAGAUGUGAACAAGUGAGGAGUGAAAGUAUUUUGGCGUUGAAAUCGUUUGAUCUUACAAGUCGAAUGCAAAUGUUGAAAAACUUGGAUUUUACAAAAAUUGUCAACAAAUUGGAAAAAGAAGAUUUGAAAUAUUUGGCAUUUCGAUUAAGUCAAACGGUGGCUCUUGUGGAAGGUUUCGAACUUUACACGAAAAAGGAAAUUGUGGAAUAUGAUAGGAAUUUGAAAAAUGUCAUUUAUCGAUUCGAAGGCAUCGAGAAAUUGGAGGAUGAAAAAUUGAGAAGUGCCCAAAUAUUGAAUGAAUAUUUGAAAAAGCUUCUCCAAUACAUGGACAGUGUGAAAAGUACCAAGAUGAAGAAUUUUGAAAUUUUGACUCUCAAGAAGAAUUCACAUCAGGAUAAUUUAUUCUCAAGACAGUGUCAUCAUUGUGCAGUGAAGCAACACAUGUAUUGUUGUGAGGUAUUGCACUAUCCAAGGGAUUAUGAUCGAGACAGCAUUGCAAAUAGUGAUUCCAUUGCACAAAAAUCGAAUAUCUUCUCCAUCCACAUGUUUGUAGAUUUUGAUACUGAUAAAUUGUAUAUUUUCGAGGACACCUUGGAAAAUACAAAGAUUGUGAAAAGUGUCACGAGUUUGGUGGUAGGAAAGGGUUCUGAUGGUAAUCAUGGUGAAGUCAGCAAUCAUUCAAAAAAAUCCAAACAUAUAUCGACUGUGACUUACUCCUCGGUUAAAGAUAACACUUUGAAAGGACUUGAUUUUUCGAAAUAUUUCUUUGUGUUUCGAUUCGACUCGAAGGCAAAAAAAUUGACUGUGGAAUUUAUGAGGGAGAGAGCUACGAAUGAGCAAGUUGCUGAAGAAAAAAUUCGAGAAUUAACUGGCAACUGGACAUUGAAGUAA